AUGGACUCGACAAGUGAGAAGAUGGAGGCAUCCGCUACCACGGUCAACAACAUGUCAGUCACGUCUCUCGUGGACCUCAAAGGCAGGUCUUUGGUGUCAACGCAGUCGCUCCCUCGAACCACGGCGUCGCAAUCCCCCGAGUACCGCCACCAGCUUGCUGAGAUCACAUCACGGGCCACGCUCAGUGACCCGCUGAACAUUGUCUUCCAACAAGAAAAGACAGGCAGGGCCACGGCCGUGACGCCAGGCCUCCUCUACAUGGCCGCCAAAAGGCGGAUCGAAACCAAGGUCGCCGCCGGCGCGUCGGUUGUCGAGGCCGCCAACUUCGCGGCAGUGGCAUGCUGGGAGCCGCCCUCGUCCAACCUGCCGCCCUUUACGGAGGCCCAGUUUGCGGAAAUGGCCCGGGAGAGGCCCGUCUUUGCUCAGUUUGCCCGCGACAUCCAAGGCGCGAAGCUGGCUUGUCUGGGGCCCGAUCAGCCAUAUUGGACGCUCUCGCUGAUGGCGCGGGAUCCCGAGCGCAAGGACAAGGGCGCCGUCCGAGCUGUCAUUGAGCCGUACGUCAAUCGAGCCAAGGAGGAGAGGGUGCCGCUGUGGCUGGUGGCGGGCAAUCCGAGGGCGAGGGAUGUCUAUGCAUAUUUCGGCUUCCGGGUCGUCAAGGUCAUCUGGUCGUAUCCCAGGGACAGGCACGAGGGCGACGAAGGGGUGUCGACGUGGUGCAUGGUCUGCAACUGGCCGGUAGAAUAG